AGUCUUUAGCUGUCAGUCCAGUAAACAGUAAUAGCUUAAUAGUAUUCAACUUCUCCCAUCCACUUUUCAAUACAAUACAGUUGAAGAGUUUUAAUGGUGAUUUAAUGGUAAUUGGCUUUCCUCUUUUAUAUAAUUCUGUUGCAGGUUUUUCAGCUCAUCUAACUCAACAACUUCAUAAAUUCCUCCAUUCAUUCUCAACCCCCGUGAUUGCAUGACCCUUCCCUUCCCCUGUCUACUAGUAUCCUCUCUCUCUGUCAAUUAAGUCAAAUCUUAUCUACCUUGAACUACCCACAUGAUUUAGAUCCUCCCUUUCCAUUAUUAAAACCCUCUCACACAAAACCCAUUUCUCAGAUCCGAUCUUUUAUCAAGAAUAGAGUGUUAUAAUGGCGGGUUGUGUGUACGAAGACUUGUUAUUGCAACCAGCCUGGGUUCUUGGUCUUUUAGCCCUUGGUGUGAUUGCAGUUUUGAAACCUGUUUUGAUUUUCUUAAGAUGGGUUUACAUAACUUUCCUAAGACCAGGUAAGAAUUUGAAGAAAUAUGGUUCAUGGGCAAUUGUAACAGGACCAACAGAUGGUAUUGGAAAAGCUUUUGCAUUUCAAUUAGCAAGAAAAGGACUUAACUUAAUAUUAGUCGGUAGAAAUCCAGAUAAAUUAAAAGAAGUAUCUGAUUCCAUUACACAGAAAUUUGGAGGAAAGAUACAAAUCAAGAAUGUAGUUGUAGAUUUCUCUGGUGAUAUAGAUGGAGGAGUUAAGAAGAUACAAGAAGUCAUUGAUAGUUUAGAUGUUGGUUUAUUGAUUAAUAAUGUUGGUGUUUCGUAUCCAUAUGCAAGAUUUUUCCAUGAAGUUGAUGAAGAGUUGUUAAAGAAUUUGAUUAAGAUUAAUAUUGAAGGGACUACUAAGGUGACACAAGCUGUUAUACCGGGUAUGUUGAAGAGAAAGAAAGGUGCUAUUGUCAAUAUUGGUUCUGGUGCUGCUACUGUCAUUCCUUCUGAUCCUCUUUAUGCUGUUUAUGCCGGCACUAAAGCGUAUAUUGACCAGUUCUCAAGGUGCCUCUUUGUAGAGUACAAGAAGAACGGAAUCGAUGUGCAGUGUCAGGUCCCACUGUAUGUGGCAACAAAGAUGGCUUCAAUCAGAAGAGCUUCUCUCGUUGUGCCAUCAACAGAUGGUUAUGCUAGAGCUGCUAUGCGGUGGAUAGGCUAUGAACCACGUUGCACUCCUUACUGGCCGCACUCUGUUAUCUGGACUUUGGUGUACAUGUUGCCAGAGUCUUUCGUGGAUGCAUAUCGUCUAAACUUCUCCCUCGGUGUCCGUAAGAGGGGUCAACUCAAAGAUUCCAGGAAGAAGGAAUGAAGAGUAUUCUUGCCAUUGUGUCCAUUGUUCUCCUCCCUUAAUCGAUGGACUUAGGUUUAGCAACUUGAUAGAUGAUUCUUGCUACCACAGACUGGAAACUAAGUUUUAGAAUAUUAAUGCACUUUUCAUGUUGUAUCGUUUAAUGCUCUCUUUACCUUCUAAGGCUAAGUACAAAAACUUGGAUGAUUUAUCAAUGUACUUCUUUUGCCCAUUAUUUCUUUCUGGUGUACCAAAUGUCAAGUUUCUGUUAA